AGUGCCCUUAAAGAAAGUGUGUGUACCGAGUUACAUUUUGUCUGUGUUGACCUGAAGGUUUAAAGCUUUGCUAGUUCUGGUGGCGGUCGGAUAAAUAAUACUAUAAAGAACAAUGGCAGAAGAAUUUGUGAAAGCGCAAAUUAAGGGAGACAAAGUCGUUGUGUUUUUAAAACCGAAGUGCCCAUACUGCACGCUGGCCAAAAGUGUUUUGUCAAAGUAUAAAUUCAAAGGUGGACACUUGGAGUUCAUCGACAUCAGUGGACGGAACGAUAUGGGCAGCAUACAAGAUUAUCUGCAACAGAUCACUGGCGCUCGAACUGUUCCUCGAAUCUUCAUAGGGGAGCAGUGUAUCGGAGGAGGAAGUGAUGUCCAGAAUCUUGACAGCUCUGGAAAACUGGAAGGCAUGUUGCAGGCAAUCAGAGCGUUGCAAUGAAGGGCAUCAAGACGGGGUCACAUGAUGCUGCAGCGAGAUUUGCGGGCCUGCCGUCUGCGUUGCUGGUACUCGCUGAGCUCCUGUAGGUAUCCUCUGGAGGGCCAGCGCAGUCGCUCCACCUGCUCACGCUCCUGGUCUGUCAAAUAUCAUGCAUCACCAUGACAAUGCAGAAUGCAACAACAUACCACCCACCCUUUCAAUACCACCAUGGCAUGUUUUUUAACUUUGGUUAAUCUCCGUCCAACACAUUUCUAUAUUAUAUCUCUUUAUAAUGUGCUUCAACUGCAGUAUAUGCUGUUGCAAGCUAUUACAUGUUUGCAUUUAUAUAUUAAAGGGAGAUUGAUGAAAAAUAAAAUGAUUCCAAUUAAA